AUGCAAUUGGUCUUCUCCACUGGGCCCCGCGCCAUCGCUGCCGCCGCUUAUGGAGACCGCUUCAAGGUUCCGUUGGCUGUUGGCAUGCUUCUGGCCAACGUGCUCGUCGUCCUGAGCGGCUGGGUUGCGGCCUCGCCUGUGCCUGCCACGACUGGGGUGUCUCUCGGGCCACCUGCUCCAGUUAUGAUUUCAGAAGCUUCUUCUGCUCUCAGAAAGCUGAGGGAAGGUUCUCGUGUUGCACAGCACGGUGAUGGCAACAAGGUCGAGGGCGAGCAGCAUGCGCUUGAACGCCGAAGUGCAGCCGCUGGUGGCACGUCAGCUCAACCUUACCCGGGAACGUUGCCGCUCGUUCCAUUGUACGGUGACAGUCUGCUUGUCCAUCCUGCUGUUGUGGAGUCCAAUCAGGUCAGGCUUGCACCGCAGAAGCCUCAGCCGGCAGACAACGGCGCGAUCCCCGCUGGCGACUGGCGGCUGUUCCUCUCUGCCCAGUUCUAA